AUGGAUACUUCCCAUACCACUCACACAAGCAACAACAUGAGUACAUACAUUCGAUUCUGCAAGAGCAAAGUGUUUGUCCAUCCUACAAGGAACGCUCAAGACAACAACGCUGGCUUCCUCCUCGUAACAACAGAAACCGAUCAACCAUUAUAUGAAUCUAAAGUGGCAUGGGUCCCUGAGGCUACCCUUUCUCGCAAGCAACUGGCCUUCUUAAACAAGUUGGACCUUGACCCAUCAGGAGGAAAGACCGCCUCUCAUAAGCAUUCCCCAGAACAAGCCAUCUUGCAACUAUCAAGUUUCCAUAUACCUCUAGCAUCAUUAUAUUCCAUCCAAUUUAGAAACCCAAGUCCGUCCGGUUGGUGGUAUGGAUCGAUCAUCUUGAAUUCCAAAUCGAGAGUGGAAACGUUGCCUAUUCUAUUCUUUCACGACGAUGUUUGUCCAUCUACACUUAAUAAGAAGAAAGAAUUAAAUAAGAAUUUCGAUCCAUUCACCACUUCAGGUGAUGUUUAUUGGGGUGGUAUGGACUUUAAAGAUUGUGUCAGUAAAUUGGUUGACUUACAAAAGACAUUAGUGGAUUCCACCGUUUGGUUGGUUAACCCCACUUUGGAUGAUCUAAGAAACUUCUCACCUCAAAAGAAUACAAAUGCCAAACCAAAUGAGGCAGCUACGGCAACGGAAGGUUCAGAAGAUACUGGGUUCCUUCCUGCCUCAUUUUGGAGUAAAUUGGAUUCUGCGAAAUGGACCAUCAUGUCUCAAAUUGCUGAAAAGACAAACCAAACUGGUAACAUGAUUACUCAUUUGAUUAAAAAACAUCCAAUUGUUAAAUUUGUGGAACAAAAUAAUGAUAAUCCAUAUGUGAGAAAAAUGUUACAAAAUCCUAAAGUAUUGGAAGUGCAAGAUGAUUUUGAUUCUGCAAGAAUUUAUUUAGCCAAAUGGGCCCUUGGUGUCAAAGAAGAAGCUGAUAAGUAUCAACUGGAUGAUUCGUAUAGAAGGUUGUUAAUCAAUGAGUUGAAGAUGGAAGGUGAACAAGAUGAGACCACAGAAACCAAUUUUGAUUUGGGUAUGGAUAUUCAAUUUAGUCAACAAGAAUUAAAUGUGGCUAUUGAGAGAAAUUUCCCAUUGACAAGACCCAAAUGGGAUUCAUUUUUCGACUCCCAAGGAAGAAUUUCUAUAACGGUUGCUGAAAUUAAAGAUUUUAUCUUUCAUGGUGGUGUUGAUGUAAAUGAUUUGGAAUUGAAAAGAGAAGUAUGGUUAUUCUUAUUUAAUGUGUACCCAUGGGAUUCAUCCAAGGACGAGAGAUUACAAAUUUUGGAGAGUUUGCAAGAAAGUUAUAGUAAUUUGAAAAUGGUCUCAAUGAAGGCUUCAUUCGGAGAAGAUAAUUCAGAGGAAAAGGAAUAUUGGGAUGAUCAAAUAUUUAGAAUUGAAAAGGAUGUUAAGAGAAAUGAUCGAAACGUGGAUAUUUAUCAAUAUAACACUACUGAUGGUAAACAGCCACUCUCUGAACCAACAGAACCAUCUGAAGAGGGAACAGAUUCCGAAAUGGAUGCCAAUAACGAACAUUGGACCAUUAACAAUCCACAUCUAUUAUGCUUAAAAGAUAUCUUGGUCACAUAUAAUAGUUUUAAUCCCAAUUUAGGCUAUGUUCAAGGUAUGACAGAUCUCUUAUCUCCAAUUUAUUAUAUUAUCAGGGAUGAAACUUUAUCAUUUUGGUGUUUUGUUAAUUUUAUGGAAGUUAUGGAGAGAAAUUUCCUAAGAGACCAAUCUGGCAUCCGUGACCAAAUGUUGACUUUGACGGAAUUAUGUCAAUUGAUGUUGCCCAAAUUAAGUGAUCAUUUAAAGAAAUGUGAUUCCUCGAAUUUGUUUUUCUGUUUUAGAAUGUUAUUAGUUUGGUUCAAGAGAGAAUUUAUCUUCCAAGACGUGUGCUCCAUUUGGGAAAUCUUUAUGACCAAUUUUUAUUCCUCUCAAUUUCAAUUGUUCUUUAUGUUAGCAAUGUUGCAAAAGAAUAGCCAACCCAUAAUUAAUAACUUGACACAAUUUGAUCAAGUGUUGAAGUACUUCAAUGAUUUGCACGAUACGAUGAAUUGGAAGGACCUCAUGAUUAGGGCGGAAUUGCUUUUCAUAAAGUUUAAGAAAAUAAUGGCCAUUACCGAACGUCAAAUGAACAAUAUACCAACAAGGAGGAAAGUGGUGACAUCUGGAUUGGAAGUACAUCAAGAGAAUGAAGACGAAUCAGAGUCUACUAAACAGUCUAUGCUGCCUAGUGACAGUAAGUAUUUGAAAUUGCUACUAAGCAAGGAGCCAAUUCGCCAACGUGAAGAACCCAGAACCAAGCAUUCCAUCCGAUAA